CUCUCUCUCUCUCUCUCUCUCUCUCUCUCUCUCCGAUAGUGCAUGUUGCCGCUGUGGUGUCCGGCCGUCCUUCCCUCUUUGCUUUCAUGCUGAGAAUGGAGCUCCUGGGUUGAUGUGAGGAAAUUGUCAGAAUCAUGGAUAACAAGACAUGGCUUUGGAAGAGGAAGUCUUCAGAAAAGAGCAUCGAGAAAGAGAAGGCUCUUGAGUUAGAAAGAUCCUUAGAAGACUUAAAUGAACAACUAUCGUCUGUUCGCACUGAGUCCGGUGCUAAAGAUGAUCUUCUGGCAAAGCAAGCGAAAGUGGCUGAAGAAGCAAUUGCAGGAUGGCGGAAAGCAGAAGCUGAAGCCCUUUCUAUAAAGCAACAAUUGGAUGAUACAAUACUUCAGAAAAAAGCUGCUGAAGAAAGGGCAGCCGAUGCUGAUAUGGCAUUGAAAGAAUGCAAGCAACAGCUGCAUGCUGUCAAGGAAGACCAGCAGUUCAUUAUUAGCAAUGCUGCCCUGAAGAUAUCACGAGAACAGGAGAAGUCACGAACAUUAGAACAAAGGUUGGUGGAGACAAAUAAGAGGCUCACUGAAGCAGUUGUUGAAAAUGGAAACCUGAACAGAGUUCUAGAGGUCAAAGAGAAGUUGCUUAAAGAGUUGAGCGAGUCUAAUUCCAUGUCAGAAGCAAAAUUCACAGAAGUAAAGUCUAGACUUGAUUCCUCAGAGAAACUAAAUGCUUCUAUGAAGUAUGAGUUGUGCAUGCUUCAGAAGGAGCUUGAGAUUCGAAAUCAGGAGAGAGAAUUCAAUCACAGAUCAUCUAAUGCUGCUCACAGGCAACACCUAGAGAGUGUUAAGAAGAUUGCUAAGCUAGAAACAGAGUGCCAAAGAUUGCGUGUCAUGGUCAGGAAGCGACUGCCAGGACCAACAGCUUUGGCUAAAAUGAGAAGUGAGGUUGAAAUGCUGGGGAAUAAUUCUACUGAACUGAGAAAGAAAAGGUCAAGUUCCACCAGUGAAGCCUUCAAUAUAAAGGACAUUAUUCGAGAAGACUCUUAUGAUGCAUCAGGCAAGGGAGCUGCUUCUCUUGUUGAGAGAUUACACGCCAUUGAAGAUGAGAACAAGAUCCUCAAAGAAUCAUUAACCAAGAAAAACAGUGAGCUUCAGGCAUCACGUGUGAUGUUUACACGUACAACAUCCAAGCUAUCGCAGGCUGAGACAAAGCUCGAGGAAUUAUCAAAAGGACAAGCUUGCUUUGAGCUAGCAAGGGGCAGCCCAGCAUCAUAUGACCUGCCCCUUUCAUCAAUUUCGGAGCAUGGAGGCAAUGAAGAUACCAUUAGCUGUGCUGAAUCAUGGGCUUCUGCUUUAAUUUCUGAACUGGAGCACUUCAAAAGUGGAAAAGCAACCGGAUCAUCUUGCCAAAGUGCUGUUGUAUCGGAGUUGAGUUUGAUGGAUGAUUUUGUUGAGAUGGAGAAACUAGCAGUAGGUUCUGUUGACAAACAUUUUGAAGGUUCACUCGGUACAUUGGAAGAUAGUAAUUCAUGUGUGACUACCAAAGAAUCUUGGACAGGAGUUGAUCUAUCAGAAGCAACAGGCAAGGAGUUCACUCCAAUCAGAAGUAAUGACAAUCAACUUAGGUAUGUAUCACUUGAAAACCACCCUAGUUGGCUUCAGGAUAUUCUAAGGGUCAUCAUACAAAAGCAUCAUAUCAUGCAAAAAAGUUGGAGUGCAAUUCUUGAUGAUCUCAGAGUUGCUCUGGGUGAUUCAAAUCAGGCAAAGCAUUUACUUCAACAACCCAAACACACUUCAUCGGAUUCAUUUGAUGGAGCAAUCAGUGCAGGCAUACCGAACCGAGAAAGUGGUACCCAACUUUGUCAGUCAAACUUAGAGAAAUCAAUUUGCAAGCUUAUUGACUUGAUUGAGGGAAUCAUUCAGAGAAAUAUAAAGGGUAACAACGGUCAACACGUUCCAUCUGGAGACGAUGAAGGCACUUCUAUGCAUCAUAGUGUUACAGCAGCAAAUGGAUAUGUUGCUCGCGCGUUUCUGUGGAGAAGUUCUGAACUUACUGUUGUUUUACAGAGUUUUGUUGCAGUCUGUAACGACGUAUUGAAUGGCAAGGUUGAUCUUCGACAGUUUGUGGCUCAAGUAACUUCAUCUGUGGACUGGAUUAUAAGCCACUGUUUUUCCCUUCAAGAUGAUUCAGAGAUGAAAGAGACUAUCAGAAAACACUUGGAUGGAGAUGUUUCUUACAGUAUUGAAGAACUUCAAGCUAUGGUGUGCCCAGCCAAAGAACUAGACAAGUUGAAGGCACAUGAAGAAUCCAGUAUUACUGAACAGAGGAAAAGACCUUUAUUAUCUGCAUCAAAUGGUCUGUAUAUCUUGUCCAGAACAGAUGAUAUCGAAUCCAAACCAAAAGAUGAAGGUGAGAGGCUAAAAUUUGAUAUCAUGAGUAUGGAGUCUAGAAGGAAAGAUUUGGAGGAAAAGCUGAAAAUAUCUAGCGAUAAGAAUGAAAAAUUGGUAGCUCAACUCCAGGAAUCAGAAGAAAAAAUUUCCAAUUUACGACUGGAGCUAGCAGCACUCAAGGAAUCCAAGGGGAAGAUCGAAGACCAGAUUAUAAACCAAAAACUAAUUAACGAAGAUCUUGGAACACAGCUAACAGUUGCAAAGUCAGAAUUGAACGAGGCUCAUCAGAAGUUCUCAUCCCUUGAAGUCGAACUGGAAGAGAAAAGUAAUUGCUAUGAAGAAUUAGAGGCAGCAUGUCUUGAACUACAGCUUCAGUUAGAAAGUGCUUCACACAAGGAAACUCCAAAAUAUAUCAUGGGUCAGGAAGAAAAGCAAAUCCAAGCAGAAUGUGAUAUAGUUGCAGCUUCACAGAAGCUUGCUGCUUGCCAGGAAACCAUUCAAAACCUGGGGAAACAGUUAAAAGCAUUGGCAUCACCGAAAGAUGCACCUCUAUUUGACAAAGUGAUAUCCAAUCCUGCUGCUGCAAAAUCCAAACGUCGGCUUCAAUUACUUGAUCAUAUGAGAGCAGAGGAUCAUGCAAAAUCAGAGGAAACCGAUUCUCCCAACACAAAGGAAAUCAUCUGCACUGAUGCACCAAGGCCACCGGCUGCAGCUUCUGAGAAUCUGAGUGCAGGCUUGCAAUACAAACACAAGAUUCAUAUGAACCAUGGCCAAAAAAGUUCAGUAAGAAGUAUCAUUAAGCUCUCGCCGGAGAAGUCAUUGAUGAUCGUACCGAAGAGAGAAAAGGGAGCUAAAUUUCUGAGAAGUCUCUUGCACCGAAGGAAGCGAAAGCACUAAGAAGCUUGUCAUUGCAAUGUUUGAAGCUUCUCGACUUAGGAGCAGCUCUAAAAUCUCUCGAGUAGCAGAAACACAAGUGUUGGCAUGCUUUUGUUGAGCUGUUGUUCAUAGUUGCAUACAAGUUAAGAAGAUGACACACUGAGAGAGAGCAAGCCAGGUGCUUCUCAGUAGCACAUUCCAUGGCUUCUUUGGUUUUGUGGCAUAGUCUGGUGUGGUGUAAACUUCCAUAUUAGUAAGUGUUAUCCUGUAUGUAGUUUCCCUUU